ACGGCAGUUACAUUGAGGACAGACAGCAACGGCCAGGGCCUUCAGCCAUGAUUAUAAAGUCGGCGCCGUUACGGCCAAUCCCUUCCUUCCUCCUCCCUUUCACGCAGUCGGCGUCUACUCAAACGCGAUACCUUCAUGAUCGCAUAAGAGCCGCCAGAGCACCGGCUCCAACGCCCUUCGUCCCCGAUGUUCAGACGUUUCUUACACUUAUUGGACGCAAUCUGAGCCAGCAUGCCUCGAAGAUACCGAGUUGGGAGGCCUUGUUCACCUUAAGCUCAACGCAACUUCGAGAGCUUGGAAUUGAGCCUCCUCGGUCUAGACGGUACCUGCUCGCAUGGCGGGAGAGGUUCCGUCAAGGGAAGUUUGGUGUUGGAGGCAAUCUGCGUCAUGUCCAAAAUGGCGAAGCUCUGCUUUCUGUUGUGGAGGUCCCUGCACAGAGCAGUAGUGCUGAAACGGCAACAGCAACGUUAUCGCCAGGCAAGCGAAAGAUUGUGGUCAAUGUGAAAGACCCCAUGAAGGUUCAGAAUGUAGAGGGGCUUGAGCCAGUUCCUGGCUUUAAGGUCAAGGGCGCCCACACGAUCAUUGGACCACGUGUGCAGCCGAUAAAAGGGGGCAAAGGAGCUAAGAUUGUGGUUCAGGAGGGCCUUUGGGAACACCGAAGGGGACAUAAAAUAGAUGGAGGAGAAAGACGACGGGCCGAGGUUCGCGACAAGAAGAUGAGAGAGGCAAAGAACGCAAGGUAGAGGCCGUCAUGUGCUCGGAAGCGUGUUAUUGAAUGUAGGAUUAUGG